AUGCAGCCGAGACUGGGCGGCCCCGCGCUGCUGCUGCUGCCGCCGCUGCUGCUGCUGCUGCUGCUGGGCGCGGGCGGCGGCGACUGCGGGGCGCGCGCCGAGGUGCUGUUCCGCUGCCCGCCCUGCACGCCCGAGAGCCUGGCCGCCUGCAAGCCCCCGCCCGGCGCCGCGGCCGGGCCGGCCGGCGACGCCCGCGUGCCCUGCGAGCUGGUCCGCGAGCCGGGCUGCGGCUGCUGCUCCGUGUGCGCCCGGCUGGAGGGCGAGCGGUGCGGCGUGUACACCCCGCGCUGCGGCCAGGGGCUGCGCUGCUAUCCCAACCCGGGCUCCGAGCUGCCCCUGAGGGCGCUGGUCCACGGCGAGGGCACUUGCGAGAAGCACGGCGAUGCCGAGUACAGCGCCAGCCCCGAGCAGGUUGCAGACAAUGGCGAGGAGCACUCUGAGGGAGGCCUGGUCGAGAACCACGUGGACGGGAACGUGAACUUGAUGGGAGGUGGAGGUGGUGCCGGUCGGAAGCCCCUCAAGUCCGGCAUGAAGGAGCUGGCCGUGUUCCGGGAGAAGGUCACGGAGCAGCACCGGCAGAUGGGCAAGGGUGGCAAACAUCACCUUGGCCUGGAGGAGCCCAAGAAGCUGCGGCCGCCACCUGCCAGGACCCCCUGCCAGCAGGAAUUGGACCAGGUCCUGGAACGGAUCUCCACCAUGCGCCUUCCGGAUGAGCGGGGUCCCCUGGAGCACCUCUAUUCCCUACACAUCCCCAACUGUGACAAGCAUGGCCUGUACAACCUCAAACAGUGCAAGAUGUCUCUGAACGGGCAGCGUGGGGAGUGCUGGUGUGUGAACCCCAACACCGGGAAGCUGAUCCAGGGAGCCCCCACCAUCCGGGGGGACCCCGAGUGUCAUCUCUUCUACAACGAGCAGCAGGGGGCUCGAGGGGUGCACACCCAGCGGAUGCAGUAAACCACAGCCAGCCGGUGCCCGGAACCCCCCACCUCCACCCCUCUCCGGAGCGGGGCCCAGCAUGCAGAGCGCAUGCGUGAUGGGUGGCGGGGCAGAGCUUCCAGGAGUUCUGACAUGUGUAUUUAUAUUUGGAAAGAGACCGGCACCGAGCUCGGCACA